CACCAUACUAGAAAGCAGUGAAAUUUCUGAAUCUACAAACAAAAUGGAUACCCAAUCUCCCCCUCUCCAUCUCUACUUUCUUCCCAUGUUGGCCCCAGGCCACAUGAUUCCCAUGGUGGACUUGGCCAGGCAGUUUGCCAGGCAAGGCGUGAAGGCAACUUUAUUCACAACACCCUUAAACGCAGCCCAGAUUUCUAAACCCAUCGACCGAGAAAGAGAACUCGGAAGCCAAAUAACCAUUCGAUUACUGGAAUUUCCUUACAAGGAAUCCGGCCUGCCGGAGGGUAUCGAAAACCUGUCCGCCACCACGACUAUGGAGCAGACGCUCAGUUUUUUCAACGCCCUCGAUCAUUUCCAGGGCCCAAUCGAGCGGCUCGCGGAAGAGGACCGCCCUGACGGUUUCAUAUCAGCCCCGAUGUACACAUGGGGCAAUGAUUUCGCGGCCAAAUUUGGGAUCCCAAGGCUGAGUUUCUGGGGAACCGGGUUUUUUCCACUCUGUGUGCAUAAUAGUCUCCGCCGCCAUAAACCUCACGAGAAGAUUGAAUCCGACACGGAAGAAUUCGUCAUCCCUGACCUUCCGGACACCCUGAAAACAACCAAACAGCAGCUCCCAGAGUCGCUGAAAGACGAUUCAGUGAAUCCUUUGAAAGAAUAUCUGGAAAAACUUAUGAAAGGAGAAGAAUUUAGCUAUGGGAUGGUUGUAAACAGCUUCUAUGAGCUGGAACCGGCUUAUGUAAAACACUGCCGGGAAGUUAUAGGGAAAAAAUCAUGGCACGUCGGUCCAGUUUCCUUGUGCAACAAGGAAGACGGGGAAAAAUCGCAGAGGGGUCAAGCGGCGUCGAUUGGGGAAGAAGAGUGUUUGAAUUGGCUCAACUCCAAAACCCCCAAUUCAGUAGUGUAUGUUUGUUUUGGGAGCAUGGCUAUCUUCUCCGCCGCGCAGCUGCGCGAGAUAGCAGCCGGGCUUGAGGCGUCCGGCCAGCCGUUCAUAUGGGUUGUAAAGCAAAACAAUAAAGAGGAAGAAAUGAAGGAGUGGAUGCCGGAAGGAUUCGAGAAAAGGACGCAGGAUAGAGCCCUGAUUAUCCGAGGAUGGGCACCUCAAGUGCUCAUCCUCGAUCAUAAAGCGGUGGGAGGAUUUGUGACUCACUGCGGAUGGAAUUCUUUGCUCGAGGGAAUAACGGCCGGAGUGCCAAUGGUCUCCUGGCCGCUCUCCGCCGAGCAAUUCUUUAACGAAAAGAUGGUCACGCAGAUUCUGAAGAUCGGAGUUCCGGUUGGGGCUCAGGCAUGGACGAAAAGAACAGACAGCAGGGCUCCCAUUAACCGAGAAAACAUAGAGGCAGCUGUGAGGGAACUAAUGAUCGGAGAAGAAGCUGAGGAAAGGAGAAGCCGCUCAAUCGCCUUAGGAAACAUGGCCAAGAAAGCAGUAGAACCAGGCGGCUCAUCCGACGUUGAUUUGAGCUCUUUACUGGAAGAACUGAGGAAAAACAGAAACAAGAAUUAAUAUGGCUCAUACUUUUUUUUUAAUCAUUUCUCAUGUAUUUUAAUUUGCCAUUUUGGAAAUUACGAAAUAAAUUUUCAAGAAAAAAAUGUUUCAUGUCAUGUUGCCUUUCAUACUAAACCAAAUUCUUCGUCC